AUGCGUCGUCAACAACGUUCUAAAGGGAAGCGGCGCUACCCUCCGUCCAAAGACAGCGGAGGGUUCGAACUUAAUACACCCCGACAGCAGGAUUCAACACCAAUACCAAAGAAGCCAUUCACAACCGAGGCAUCCGGUGUAUCUGGAACAUAUGAAAAUUAUCUUCCUCAGUCGGCGGACGACAGGACUAUACAGCAAAAAGCGAAAGCAAUCUUAGACCAGAUUGAGCUUCACGUCGAGAACUAUUACCGGAACUCCUCUUCCUCUGCCUCUAGGCCUGACAAUGCCGAAUUGGCGGUAUUCGACUCGCCAUAUCUGCCUGCUUCUCUUGCGUCUCUCCUCCCGCGCUCGAAGAACAGAGUAAACAUCAUGAAACACGCCCUCGCACAGUCUAUCACCUCUUCCAUUUCGCCGAGCGCAAGUCCUGCGCGAUCACUUCUCCCCAACGAAUACGCGCUUCUGCCAAACACCAUCACAUCGGCCAGGUCUAGUGUGUCUACUAAAGCUGGAUCCGCCCAAAUCAUGUCUCGAUGGCGUGUAAUGACCGCCUACCUGCGACCUGAUCCUAUAAAUGACGCCACCUACAUGGCUCAGCGCGACAAAAAAAUCAAUGAUACCGUCCAGUCUUUUGCUAAGGCUUUUGCGCCAUGGAAAAGCACAGGAUACAAGGAUGAAGAACGGGCGCGCAGCUUGUCGGCGAUCCUGGAAGACGCCGCAAAUUUAGGCAUAUUCUUAUUCUCGCAGCCAUCGACCCUCCAAUUCCACUGGCCAUCCUCCAGCGAGGUGGGGCCUGGCAGGAUCGUUGUCUCGCCGGCGCUGGUGAAAGCGACUGACGAGAAAGGGCAAGGUUUGGUAGAAUCACAGGUCAUGGUCAAUCAGGUGGUACUAGAUGCAUGA